GUUGAGGUAAGGUUCAAUUUUAUCUUGCUGCACGGCUGGCACGAAGUCGCCUCACGGGGAGCAUGAGAAGCUUUCCUCCCCAAAAUCUCCUUCCAUCAAUCACUAAGAAGUUGAAGGACGAUUCCAUCUUCAGUUCCAACGCCAAUCUUUCCAUCCAUCUGUGUAAGUUCUACACAUCAAAACCCUCUUUACAUUCCAGUUCCAGUCAGUCUUGUCGGUCUACAGUUUCACAUAAACUCCUUUCGUAUCAAAAUAGAUUCGAAAACCAACAAACCCUAAACCCAGCCAACCUCUCCGCAGUCCUCUCAAAAAAGAACUGGUUUUUUCUUUUACGAGCCGAGUAUAGUUCAAGUUUUCUGAAUUCAAGAUCUUUAGUCAGUAUCUUGCAUGGACAGCACGACCCGAUUCACUCACUCAAAUUCUACAUCUGGGUUUUCAGUAUCAGCCAUGAGUUGGCAAAGGAUCAUUCGGUUCAAAGGGCUCUUUCUGAUAUUUUCUGGAGAAAGGGCCCCGUAGUUUUGUCUGUAGAACUUAUGAAAGAGAUUAAAGAUUCCGGGCUUCGAAUUUCAGAGGAUAUACUUUGCAUUCUUAUUGUAAGUUGGGGUAGAUUAGGGCUCGCAAAAUAUGCAAACGAAGUGUUUGGACAAAUACCCCACCUCAGUAUUAGGCCAAGCACCAGAAUUUACAAUUCAGUGAUCUACGCAUUGGUCAAGGCAAAUGCACUUGAUCUUGCGUACUUGAAAUUCCAACAAAUGGCUUCUGAUAACUGUUCCGCUGAUCAAUUUACAUACAAUGCCCUUAUCCAUGGAUUGUGCAGGUCAGGGAUUGUUGAGGAGGCACUUCGUUUGGUGAAGAAAAUGCAGAAUUUUGAGACUAAAGCAAAUGUGUUCACAUACACAAUGCUGGUUGAUGGGUUUUGCAAUGCAAAGAAGGUGGAUGAGGCAUUGAAGGUUUUGGAUAUGAUGAAGAACAGGAACGUAGUUCCUAAUGAUGCUACAUUUCGAUCAUUGAUCCAUGGAGUGUUUCGAUGUUUAAAGCCAACCAGUGCGUAUGAGAAAUUGAGUGGGUUCUUAGAAAACCACAGUGUUUUUCAUGUCAAUGCAUGCAGCACUAUACUGUAUUGCCUUUCAAAGAAUAAUAUGGCGACCGAAGCUAUUGAUUUUGUGGAGAGAAUGGAGAAGAAAGGUUAUGUUUUGGACACUGCUACGUUCAGCCUCGUUAUGGCUUGCUUGGUUAAGGGUUUGAGACUAACCGAAGCCUGUAACUUGUUUGAUGAUUUUGUUCGUAAGGGAGGUAAACCAGGUUUCAAUACAUACCUUCUGCUUGCUGAGCAUUUGUUGAAGGAAGGAAAAGUUGGGCAAUCAAGGCGAUAUAUGAAAAGAAUGGUCUCUGACAAUACUUUAUGCAGCAUUGAAUCAUACAACAUGUUGAUUGAUUUAUUCAUCAAAGCUGAAAUGAGGGAGGAGGCACAGAAAAUUUUUUCUGAAAUGCCACAUAUGGGUUUUUCUCCAAACUUAAUAACAUUCAACACGCUUAUCAGUGGGCACUCCCGGGCUGGAGAUAUAAAUAUGACAAAGAAGGCGUUGAAGAUGCUCUUAAAGCAUGGAUUCAAGCCUGAUGUUUUCACUUUCAGCUCCAUAAUAGAUGGUCUUUGUCGAGCCCACCAACUUGAUGAUGCUUUUGAUUGUUUUGGAGAGAUGGUUGAAUGGGAUGUUACCCCAAAUGCUGUAACUUAUAACAUACUAAUUCGAUCUCUUUGUGCUGUAGGGGAUUCUCGAAGAUCAAUGAAGCUGUUUUUAAAGAUGAAAGCUGAAGGUAUUACACCAGAUGUUUUCUCUUUCAAUGCUCUCAUCACAAGCUUUUGUAAGAUGAAUAGGAUUGAUAAAGCACAGAACCUUUUUCAUUCAAUGGUGAGAUUUGGUGUAGCUCCAGAUACGUAUACUUAUAAUGCUUUUAUACAAUCUCUAUGCAAUGCAAAGAGAAUCGAUGAUGCCAAAGAGGCUGUAGUGGUGAUGGAAGCCAAUGGCUGCAAUGCAAACGAAUAUUCCUAUAAAUGUAUUAUGGAUACACUAUAUCAAACAGGCUGUGUGGAGGAAGCCCAUGAGUUGUUUCAUCAUUUUUUAAAGCAAGGGUGUUCAUCUUACUGAUCCUAGUCAGAGGUUUGAUACUCAGAUUACUGGCACAGAAGAGAACAGUUAUAUAUCAAUUUAUUGAUCAUUUGUAUUGAAUUGCCCUGUACUAGUCUGGAUUUAUCUUGGUGGCUGCGCACGGAAAAGGCAUCCGUGGAGUUGGAAAAAUUAUUAGGUGCGGAGUGCGCACUAACGCACUAUCCGCACAAGCACUGGAUACCCAGCCGUACCGAGUGCGUGUACCGCUAGGUACCUAAUACUUGUGCGGAUAGUUCUCCCUGUCCGCACUCCGCACCUAAUAAUCUCUCAUGGAGUUGGCAACCACUGGGGAUUCAGAAUAAGGGAAAAUAAUUUAUAGAAAAUUAUGUGCUCUUUCAUUAUCCGUUUGACCCAAAAUGGUACUGUCGGUCAUAAUUUUUUGGUAGAUCUUACUAAUAAUGAUAAAUAUAUUCCACCACCUUUAAUGAAAACAUGUCACUCUCAGCUUAACAGAAAA